GCCGGCGGCGGGCCGGGAGCGAUGGCGGCGGCGGCGGCCGAGGCGGCGCUGGGGCGCGUGGCGGACGUGGAGAUCGACGGCGGCGGCGUCUUCAACCGACAUAUACGACAAGGCGGCGGCGGAGCUGGAGCGGCAGGGCUUGGACUGCGAGUGCCUGGGGGGCGGCCGCAUCUCCCACCAGCACGAGGAGAAGAAGAUCCACGUCUACGGAUACUCGGUGGGUUUUGGGCGAGCAAAUCACUCGGUGACUACAGAGAAGCUGAAAGCAAAGUAUCCGGACUACGAGAUCACUUGGGCGGAUGAAGGCUAUUGACGUGAUCUGGUGGGGCAGCAGCACUGGCAUCAGCCUGGAGCUGGUGGGGCCACCUCCAGCACUCGGGAAAUCGCAGCAGGGGCCCUGUGCUCAGCAGCGCUCUGGGCUCCACUGUGUUUUCCUUGGCAUUGAAUUCACUGCACUGACGAGCUUCCAUCCUCCAGGGGAACUUGCCCAUCUCCACUGUCACUGGACUUCCCAUGUGCCAUGGACUCUUCCCAUCUCCCUGCCACGGAGCCGCAAAGCCCUACGGUUGAAGUCCUUACCUGGCUGAAGCUGGUGGGCACUCAGCCCUGGCCUCCCCCGGCACGGGUUUGUCCCAUGUGUAUAUGAGGAUUAAACAUGUUGGGGAGCGCCA